AUGGCGGCUUCUCGCCUCUUUUCUUCAUUUCUUUAUAAACAAUUUCUUGUUGUUUUCCCCUUCAUCUCUCUGUCCUCCUCGCAAUUCAUUCCUGGCUCUAAUGCAAAGGCGCGUAACCUCACAGUUGUCCACUCACCUGCAAACCCGGAUGUGACUGUCUCUUAUAAAACGCCUGACAACGUGUGUUCCACAGCAUUUAAUUCUCAAAAGCAAUACACAGGCUGGGUAUCAGUUCCUGGCGAUUAUCCGACCAAUUUGUUCUUCUGGUUCGUCGAGGCUCGUGAGCAAACCGACAGCCUCACCAUCUGGCUCAAUGGAGGACCAGGAUCCAGUUCACUCUAUGGAUUUUUCACCGGCAAUGGCCCUUGUGAAGUUGUCGAAAAGGGACUGAACGAAUAUGAGACGCUUGUGCGUGAAUGGGGAUGGGAUCGAGCCUCUAACAUGCUCUUCAUCGACCAGCCCAACCAAGUCGGCUUUUCAUACGACACGCCUACUAACAGUACAUACGACCUUAUUUCCAACGAAGUCCUGCCUACCCGUGCCGACCCUGACUAUCCGGACUGGGCUUUACGCAAUGGCACAUUCAGUUCCAACAAUGGAAAUUUUACUGCCAACACCACUGAGACGGCUGCCAUGGCUGUUUGGCACAUGGUCCAGGGCUUCUUGACCACCUUUCCUCAGUAUCAGCCCUCAUCCCCUUCCCGCAAUGACUCAAUUGACAUCAAUCUUUUUGCCGAAAGCUAUGGUGGUCGCUAUGGCCCUGUCUUUGCGGAAACCUUUGUGGAGCAGAACGCUCGCCGCGAGAGUGGUGAAAUACCACGUAACUCAACCAUUGAUGUUCAUCUGAGCUCUCUGGGUAUUAUCAACGGGUGUGUCGACAUGGAAACCCAAGUACCUUACUAUCCUAUGUUUGCCAACAAAAACACAUAUGGCUAUGAUGCCAUGUCCUCCAGCGAUGCUAAGUUCUAUCUGGAUAAAUACUCUGCUGAGGGAGGUUGUCGCGAGCUUCUGGGCAAGUGCGCUGCUGACGCUUCUUUGGGAGAUCCCGAAGGUGAGGGGGAUGAUGAAGCAGUCAACGAUGUCUGUUCUGAGGCUCUCAGUAACUGUCUCGAGAUCGAAAACGCCUACACAAGCGCAGGUCGUGGUGUCUACGACCUUGCUGCUCCCUUGGCCGACCCUUUCCCACCCAUGACGUUCUUGGAGUACCUCAACCAAGACGACGUGCGCGAUGCUAUUGGUACCCCUAUCAACUACACUAUGUCCAAUUCCAAAGUUAGUGUCGAGUUUCAGGAUACAGGUGACCAGGCACGUGGCGGAAACAUACAACGCCUGGCCGCUCUUCUCAACCAAGGAGUACGCAUUGCUCUUAUCUACGGAGAUCGUGACUACAUAUGCAAUUGGCUUGGAGGAGAGGCUGUUUCUCAAAACCUUGCUACGGAAGCGGGUGGUGAGUAUACCAGCCGUUUCCCUGAAGCCGGAUAUGCGCCCAUCAUCGUCAAUGAUUCAUACAUCGGUGGUGUCGUCCGCCAAUUUGGCAAUCUUUCCUUCAGUCGUGUCUACCAAGCCGGCCAUGCCGUGCCUGCUUACCAGCCAGAGACAGCCUUCCAGAUAUUUGCUCGCGUCAUCUUGGGCACUUCUGUCUCUACUGGCAAGGAUAUUGAUAUCACUACCUACAAUACUACGGGUGAUGCCAAUGCUACACAUACCGAUACUCUACCGGACCAACUUGAUCCCACGUGCUACGUACGCAACUUUGCAGCAUCCUGCGACGACGAUGCUAGGAAGCUAGUCAUAGAUGGUAAAGGUGUUGUUGUCAACGGCAUACUAUAUCCCUCAAAGGAAGACUGGCCGUUGAUGGCCGAGAAAACUGAGGAACCAACAACAUCCACGGCAGACCCUAGCACUACAUCAGAUAUGACUGGCAUCUACACAGCAACCGAGACACCUGACGGUGCAGCAUGGAAUCCACCCAACCCAGGCUUAGUGGUUGCCAUUGCUGGCAUAAUGGCUCUUCAGGCCGUCGUAUAA